AUGGAUUUCUCUCCGAUCAAUUGCCUCAUUUUCGAUUUGGAUGACACAUUAUACCCUCUCAAAACCGGAAUAGCGCCAGCUGUCAAGAAAAAUAUCGACGAUUUUCUAGUGGAGAAAUUUGGAUUUCCUGAAAGUAAAGCAUCAAGCCUAAGAGUUGAGCUCUUCAAGACUUAUGGAAGUACUCUCGCUGGUCUCAGGGCGUUAGGUCACGAUGUUCAUCCUGAUGAAUAUCACAGUUUCGUGCACGGAAGGUUGCCGUACGGUUCGAUCCAACCAAACAGCAAACUACGAAACCUUCUGAAAAAAAUCAAACAGAGAAAAAUUAUUUUUACGAAUUCGGACAGGAAUCAUGCGAUGAAGGUUCUUGAGAAAUUGGGUUUAGAAGAUUGUUUCGAAGAGAUGAUCUGCUUCGAGACCAUGAACCCGAAUUUAUUCGGGUCAACAACCCGACCCGAUGAGCAUCCCGUUGUUCUUAAGCCUUCGUUGACCGCAAUGGAUAUUUGCAUUCGUGUCGCCGGCGUUGACCCUUGCCGGACGGUAACUAUUCUUAUUUAUAACAUAGUGGGGAGGUCGGAAAAGACGAAAGAGGCGGAUUAUGCGGUGGAGAGAGUGACUGAGAUAGCUACGGAGGUGCCGGAGAUUUGGUCGACGGCUGCGACCGGAUUUGACGUCGGCGGUGAGAGGAUCAGACGUAGCAAGAGUGAGCUGGAAGGUAUGGUUUCAAUCACAGCCGUCGGUGCGUGA